GGUGAGCUCUUUCCCUUCCUUCCUUCCGUCCUCUGCUCCUAUUUUCUCUACUCUUCAAAUCAACUGUUCGUGAGCUGAAAUCUCCUGGUUUACGCCACGGUAUUGUUGUGCGUAUGGAGGCUGGCAAUUCAACUUCAACUUCUCGAGCUUUCCGGUCAGAGUUCCUCCUGUCCUUGAAGGUACUCUUGAAGCAUUUCAUGGCAGGCAAUGGCCUGCCAUCCUUGGGCCGUGUGAAGCUUGCUGAUCUUGUACCUUCCGAAGGGCUCCCUACUGAUUCCUACAAAAUUUCUGUCUCAACCCUGUCACAAUCACUCGCUCAAUAUUCUGCUGCAGUUAUUCAAUUUUCCACUAGCGAUGGGGCUCUUUUGAGAUCUGGUUUAGAUUCUGCUCGCCUCUAUUUCCAUCAAAGGGCAUCGUACCCUGCUAGUGAUAUGAUUCACACCAAUGAAACUCGCGAGUGGUGCAAGACGUCCGGUUACUAUGCAGAUCCUCAGUUGUGGCAAGAAACUUAUGAUUACAGACCUGGCCUUACACCCAUUGAACCAAACACAUUGGAAUUACCACCAGCAGGUCUUCCAGAUGUGUUUUCUCUUCUGGGAAAAGCAGCUAGGGAUAUCUUAGAUGCCAUCAGUUUCUACCUAAACUUGCGGAGCUCUCCUUUCUCUGAAGUUCUGGAUAACGUCCCUUUGAGAAAUCGGGAAAUAUCAUCCUCGGUAUUGUCUGUUUGCUGUCAUGCAAGGCCAUCAUUUCAAGGAGCACAACACCCCAAUUUGAUAAAUCAAGAUGAUGGCCAAUUAGUUGUGUUUUCUGACAAUGAUCAGCAGAUUGAUAAAAGCUUAAUAACUCUUAUGAAAUCAGAUAAAGCGGGUUUACAUGUAAGAGACUUUCAAGGCCGGUGGGUUCUUGUGGAUGGAGACCUUGGUCCCCAGGAAGCAGUUGUUUUUCCUGGACUUGCACUUUAUCAGGCAACGGCAGGCUACGUGAACCCAGCUCUUCUUAAAACGGAGAUCACUAACAUGCAGUCUAACAUCUAUGGAAGGUGUUCAUUGGCUUUCAGGCUCAUGCCUAAGUCAAUGACCAGUCUUAGCUGCUCUGAGAUGAGAGCAGCUGGUCAUGGGGUUGAAGCUCAAUUCCAGCUUCCAGUGCCAGUUGAUGAUUUCAUGCAAAGAUCCCACCCAACAGAUCAGCUCCUCAACAGGCAUAGUCUCCAAAGUUUUAACUUCCCUACAGCUCAAGAUGGAUCAAUGAAGCCCUUGAUGAGAAGGAAGAAGAAUAGCUCCAAAUGCAAGCCACUCCCACCUUCCAAAAGGUUGCGCCUUGAAGCUCAAAGAGUUUUGAAGGAAAGAGUUCAGGACAUCGCGGAUAAAAGGGGUAUCAAGCUGAGGUUCUGUACCUUGAAGGACUGCGAGACUCAUAUUCGCUCUUUAGAUGGCCCUUGUGCAAAUAUAAGAUUGGAAAUUGGGUGGCCACCAGGAGUUCCAUUUGUCCAUCCCCAUGACCUACCCAAUAAAGCAAAGGUUGAAUUUCUGAAAGCAUAUGAACCUGGGUGGACGGCAACUAAUGAUACAGAGUUAAGUCUCACUGAACCCCGGGCAUAUCAAUCGUCAUUCAGAGGAUUGUAAUUGUAACUCUUCUGCCAAGUUUCAUUCUCACUUGUUUGUUUAUUAUGCUCAUAUAUUGUCAGUUGGUUUAGUUAAAGCACGGAUAAUGCAUGCCAUUUAUAAGAUUAAUUGGGGUGCCUUCAAAGUGACACUGCUUAUGUAGUCAGCAUGUUUGGCAAACAAAUGUGGGGUCAUCUGUCUCAGAAUGCUCUGCGAACUGUUAUUUGUCUGCAUGAUGUUAUUUUUCCUUUUCGGCUCAAAUUAAUUUGGGGAAGGAGCAUUUUAGUGAUGAAAUUUUACUGGAACUGUCAUGUCUUUUUCUUUCUUCAAUUAAAAUUUGUGUGGGAACUAAUUAGGAGGCAUCAGUCAUAACACGUUUUGAUAGAGAACAUUCAGAUUGAAGAAACAUCUAUCACAAAAAGUUAUUGCCACUGUCAUGAUGUAAAUAAUGACAUGUGAAAUGAAUUUGCAUUGGUCUUCUUGAGAAAAAGUUCCCUACAUUAUGCAUAUAUUCGGUCAAUGGCUUGUCCUAUCUAAUGUGACGUUAGGGUUCUCAUGCAAACAUCUGGACCACUCAGUUUCUACUAACUGAACAUGGAGUUACCUUGAAUUCU